AGCGGCACUGUAAUCGACACGUCCAGUCCAUUUUCCCCGGGCACAUUUUAUUAUUGGUUCGCCACAUUAUACACAGCCGAAUAUCAGCCGAACAUCAUGCAGCCAAGCAGUUCAUUUGAAAUUGAUUCGCAUGUGAAGGGAUAUCACGCUUAUUUAGAUGACUGGAAACCAUGCCGGGGAGAAGUUCUGCAAGCAAUUCCAGAACCAAACAAUGCUGUAGAUAAAUACGCGGUGUGUGUCCUAAAAGAUGGUGAAGUGGUGGGCCAUUUGAAGAGAGGAAAACGUGGACGCUUUGCUAAAACAAUCUUCUAUUUUCUUGAAGCAGACCAGCAUAGUUCCUGUAGUGUGAUCAUAAAAGCCGACAAAGCUGUUAACUUUGGGGACGGAGAGGGGAUGCAAGUCCCAUGUAAGCUGAGAAUCUCUGGUCAAGAGAAAUUUGUCAACAUUUUGAAGAAGGAGUUGGAACGCCUUGAGAAGUGA